GAGUAGACAUCUCCCCUUUUUGUCCAAAACAAUCGUUCUCGUCUAAGACUCAACCUGAAACACUUAUCGCUUAUGAUAAACCAUCUUUCUUAUCUUAAUACAACACCCAUAACUUUAUUUUGCACUAGGCUGCGGGACUAAGGCCGGACCAAAAGCCCAUGUUCUUAAAUUCACAACCCCGCCAUCUCAUCCUCCAGACAUUCAAUAAACAACAAAUAUAGAGGAACUUUUUUUCAAGAUGCCUCCAAAUGGGCAACAACGUUCCAUGCUCAAUGAGUUCAUGCAGAUUACUGGAGUUUCUGAAAGAAAUGCUUUGAAAAUUCUUAAAUCGGCGGGAUGGAAGCUAGAAACAGCAUGUGAUAGCUUCUUCCAAGGAAAUGGUACCCCUGCCCAAGCAAAAGAAAAGGAAUCCUUGACGAGGCUUUUUGAGAGCUACCGCACUUCCAACGAUGAUGCCGACAUGGUUGGUGUUGACGGCACUAUGAAGUAUUUUGGGGAUGAUUUGGGCAUCAACCUCGAAGGUGUUGAGUUUUUGAUCCCCUGCGAAAUCAUUCAAGUACCAUCAAUAGGAGAGAUGACCAAAGAUGGCUUUGUCGAAGGAUGGAAAAACUUGGGCCUUGAUACAUUGCCCAAGCAAAAGGAAUACAUUUCAAAGGCCAAAGAUUCAUUGUCGACCGACGUGGACUUGUUCAAGAGAGUAUAUAAGCACACCUUUGUCUGUGCUCGCGAGAAGGGACAGAAAGCUCUUUCAUUAGAACUCGCCAGUGUAUACUGGGAGCUUUUGUUCAACUCUCCGGGAAGGACAUGGAAGACAGGCUCGACGGAUUGGAUCAAACUAUGGUUGGAAUUCCUCGGACAGAAUUGGAAGAAGAGUGUCAACAAGGAUUUAUGGAACCAGACAUAUCAAUUUCAUGCAAAGACAGUGGAGGAUGAGAGUCUGAGCUUCUGGACUGAAGAUUCAGCAUGGCCAAGUGUCAUUGAUGAAUUUGUUGCAUGGGUAAAGAAGAACAGGGGAGAUUCGGAGGAAGUAGGAGAGACGAUGGAGACUGAUUGAAAAGGCACGAUAAAGCUCUAGAAGGGAUGCAUUUUGAUUUCUUUUUACCUGCAGCGAAGCAUAUUCCUGGUUGUGCAAUGGCGUUCUAGGUAGCAGACUGGCGUUUCAAGCACCAUACAAGAAUGUGAGGUGGAAAUACCA